AAUUGAUCUCCUUAGGCACUCACUCAAAAUUCCACAAUCACAUUUAGGAUUUGAAUAAUUUCUGCUGUGCAGAAUCGAGAUAGAGGCUCCUUCUACAUCAGCAAUCAACUAGUCUACUCCUCUCGAUCACUUCGUCUUGUGUUCGGAAGAUCUCAAACAGCAAGAUGUCGGACAGUGAGGACGAUGCUGCUCUCUACGGGCGGACUCGGGUCGAGUCUGCGGAAGCUUGGGCGAAGAAGGUGCUAUCUUUGUAUAGACCUAGAAUCUUUGACGUAGAAUCUUUGUGCAGUUGGUUUUCUUUGAAUGAGCUGGAUGCUAUGAUAGUUGCUAAAACUCCACGUCUCCGAAGCUCCGUGUCAUAGUUUUAGAAGACAUAACAACAGUCAAAAACUGCAGAUCUUGUCGGCUUUUAAGCGAGUGGAAUUCUUAGGCCUUUUCCACUGUUCUUGAUCUUGACUCUGAACCCAAUUGUAGCUCGCGGCACACCCCGCGAUCAACAGCACAGUCGCGAACUUGAAAAAAGUUUCUGCUGUUUGGCGUACGAUUGAGGUCGAACGCUUUACAGAGGGCAUCACGCUUGAUCAAAUGGCGAACGAGGUCACCGCGGAGCCCGCUUUCGAGCAAGUUCGAUCCAAGAAAGACACCGACAAGAGCUUACUCAGUACUUUCAACUACUGAGACUGAUCCUGAUGCUAGAAAAGAAGCACACUCAUGCUAGAAAAGAAGCACUGUAACUGUCAACAGAGGGUGAGUGAUGAGUCUUCACAGAGAAUAGACGUGUACUGGCAUGAUCUUCGAUUUUUGUGCUCAGAGCAGGUGGUUUUGUUUUGGUGAAGUCUGGCCUUGCGUCUGCUCGCAGCUGCAAGGAGACUCCCCUGAAAAUGGUAGUUACCUAACCACGCCAGCAUCUAGAUGACAUGAGGUCUGCUGUAUACUUGAAGUUGAAACAUCGAUGGCCUAACAUCUUUUGACGCAUUGAACAUUUGGACUCUACCCCAUUUUCCUUACCACUAACUGAACUGCCACCACGUCCUCCCCCCUCCAACUCCAGGUAAGGGAACCCGUCAAGUGAAACUUCAAUUGGAGGGCAUGGGCAAGAUCGAUCAUCUACUGGACUUUCUGUGCGAUUGCGCAAGAACGGAAAAGUUCUCGUGCGACGAGAUGUCCGACAUGGCUGGCACUGUGCGCGACGCUUUGGAGUACAAUUCGUCCCUCGCAUUGACUGGACGUAAAAAGCGCGCCCGAAGCUGUUUAGUCAGCAUCAAGACGAUUGACCAUGCGAUGCGGGCAAACAUCCUCUCGUCAGAUGAAGAAAGCAGCUGGCAUGAAGCUUGCACGGGAUGGGUCAUCACGUUGCUUGCUGGAGUCCUAAGCAGAUUCGACAACAUCGACGAUACUUUUGCGUGGUAUCUCACUUAGUCUUAAUUCUUACAAUGACUCGUAGCUUUUACUUUCUACUUUUUGACAGUAUUGAAGUUCAGUCUUCUCGCGACUAUUCCCCGACAAUACGAAACUUCCUGCGACUUCUCCUUCUCGAAGUGACUUCUUGCUUUACCUUGUCAAUAAUAGGCCAAGUCCACUUGGCAUAACCCUCCCUCCCGCCGAACCCAGUCAACAUCUUGCUUCUGCUUCACUUCAACAGGAUCAACGAAAAUGCUGACGUGGUCGCGCCGUUUUUUUUCUCCUUCGACGAAGGUGACAACAUCCUGGAGUGGCUCAACGAGACGCUUGGGCAUCAUAUCAGAGCGCCAAGCGGCUACUACGAUCGCAUGACAACUGGCCUAAACGACUGCGAGCAGGAAAUCAAAGACCUUCUUUUCGGUCUUCGUAAGCCUAUGAAAGGCCAAAUCGCUAUCCAUCGCCAACGCUACAAGGAGACCCUGGCAGCAAAGCUGCUGCGCAAGAAAGUCUUUCAGGAGCAACACGACAUCCCGCGUCAUGGAUUUCUUGCGUAAAAAUUACACUCAUCUUCUCACUUGAUGGCUGAGCGUAGGAUAGUCUAGCAAUGCAGUUCGUCGGCAUUUCUCUCCUUGUAGAAUCUGUCUCAACUGAUGAUGAGAUCUUCGCUCCAUGCUUUUUCCGAAUCAGAUUCCACACUCAGUGCGUAGUCACAACAUCUCCCAUCAAUCCACACGCACAGAUACCCGAGCAAAGAACUCGCGCCCGGCACGAAAGCUGAAGCCGAGAUCGCGGAGGCAAACAAGAAAGCAGAAAAGGAGGCUAUGCAGCGCGAGGAAGAGGACCAGAAGUCUGAGUUUUCUGUCGACGCGAACAAGAGCUUCAAUGGCGCUGAUUGCGCAGUCGAUACGGACUACGAAAACUGCACGAGCACCCGUGGUAAGGAUGGCAAGAUUCACGCGUCUCUGGUCUUAGUGAUGCAGCGCAAGCUCUACGAGAAGAAGAGAACGUCCACCCCUGAGUUUGUGAUCAAGAAGGAGCAGGCCUCGCAGGAAAAUGACAACAACAACAACAACAACAACAAUUCUCCAGUCGCUCCGAUGGAUGUUGACCAAGAGGAGAAAGAGCGCCUACUGCAGACUCCGAAGGCAAACCGUGCCAGCCAAGGUACUAAAACGAAACACACGUCGUCUAUUCUGCUGCCUACAGUCUGAACCUUAUAUAUGUGCUUCAUCUAGUCAGCAGCACUGUGUCGCUUGAUAAAGUCAUAUAUCUGAAUAGUGAGAAUUGGACCCGUAUGCGUAUCUUGAUACUUCUUCUUUCAUCAUUUCAUAGAACCAGUCUCACAUGGUAGGGCAUAGCCUCGCGUUGUUUCUGUUUCUUUUCGCAAGAUCUAGACCAGUCCCAAACCAUUUCGCAACACUUAGCACCAAGUCACUUCAUUACCACCAAGUCACUUCAUAGGGCUUGCCCUUGGGAUCCUCUUCAGCUCAUAAGACCAAACUCCCACUCAUUUCACAGGACCUAGCCCCAAUCUCGAAGCGUUCGAGGAGAUGAGCACGAAGCGUCGCCCCGUCAUUGACCAUGACGCGCUCUUCGGUGGCAUCCUGGAUCACACGAUUUGGAAGGAUGCAGUAAAUCAGUGGAUAUGGACACACACGGUCGACAUCCGCCUGGAGCAGGUUUCCCUCCUUAUGGAGGAGACCAGCGACGAACUUCAAGCGCAGAUCGAUGCAGAGGUCGACAAAGUGAAGGCCCGUGGCGCUCAGCGAACAAAGAAGGUCGACAAGAUCAACGAGAAAGUGACAAACGAGUGGGAGUCUCAAUUGGAGGAGCAGGUUUUGGACGACUGGAAAAAGAAAAUCGACGUCCGCGUGGAGAUUCUGCAUGAAGAAGAACUCUCCCUGAUCGAUCCAAACAAGCGCGCAUCCGUCAUGAAAAUGAUCGAGGAAUCUGAGAAGGUCUACCUGAAGAAGCCCAGAGACACUGCUGACGCAGCUGCGGCAUCUCUGUUCAACAGCAACAACAACGGAGGAUCAAAGAAUACAACUAGAUCUGCUAGCACAUCCGCAUCCGCUGCGAUUGUUGCAGUCAAUCAGGCGCAGGACGUGUCAUCUGAGAAUGGCAGCGACAAGAGUGAAGAUGAUCUCCCCGACCUCCCGGACGAAGUGCCGGAGGCAGACGCCCUCCACUACACGCAUGAAGAUCUGCGCUGCAUGCUGAGUAUAGUGCAGAGCGGUUGCAACGCGCACUACUUCUUCUCCACGAACAUGCUGGCAGGUCUCUUCAGCGAGCUGCAAGAUUUGGGGCGCAAGAUCAGUCCGGAGCUCGUCGAGUUCAGCGUGCACGCCUCCGAGGCAAUUGGCCACUUAGACCUCGCGCCCCUGGUGACCUCCGCUGAAUUUCCGAAAAUGCCACCUUUCACGGAUCCAACGAGACACUUGAUGAACAUGAUUUUCGACCGAUACCGCGUGAAGGUAUUACUCAUGUAGUCUAGUUCUAGUACUAAUCUAACAACUCUGCUGGAGUGGUAUGAUUCUGCUCGUGAUGUUUCCCUGGUCUGAUGAAUUGCGACGAAUUUGCUUGACUCUCAUCAGGUCUUUGCAGUGCCCUCGCCUGCUCUCCCAUCCUUUCAAUCUUGCUCUGCCCUGCCCUCUGGCCCUUUUUCUAUUUCUUCGUAACUCUUCUCUUUCCCAGGUGACAAAGCACAAGGGACUGGAGCUGGAAUUCCAUACGCUACUGAAGAAAUUUCUAAAAUUCGACUUCAACUGGGCGUUCGGCGAAAUCAAUCGCAUUAUCAAGAAGCAUCUGAAGGGCGCGCUCAACCUCAGCACCAUCAAUCAGGUCUUUGAUGACCUGAACUUCAUCGAAUACUUCAGAUGCGUUUCCUCCAUGGAGCUCGAUGACGUUUUGGCUCUCCGCCCGGAAAAAGCUCACGCUGAUGAUGGUUCAACGAAAAAACAAAUGCAGAUCGCCGAUAAGCAACUGACUCACGCCGGCGAGCGUUUUCAAGUCUUCAUGCUGUGUGCGGAAUUAUACCACAGUACUAUAACUGAUGGCAAGCUUACUCUUUCAUUCAAAUUGGUACAAUUGCAGAGUCAUUGCUUAUUUUCCGCCAUAAGCAUAAGGAUAGGGCACUCUUCAAAUGCCGAUCGCAGAUUCGAAGUGGUUCACGAUGAUCUUUGUUUCAUGGCGUCCUAUCUUCGUGCAACUCCAUCCUUGCGGUCACCCAUCUCUUCUACAUCAGUCCACUCCUACAGCGAUGAUCACUCGCUUCGAUGACGGAAUUAUGACCGGCUUGGCGAAUGGAGAUGACCUCGCGGCGGCUGGCUUGUGCCAAUUUGGUUUGUUGGAUUUUUCAACCGUCGAUGCCGCGUGCAGCAAGCUGCUCCGAAUGGAGACACUUUCUUACGGCACACCAUCUAACUUCUAUAUGUAAAAAAAGUAGUAUGUUAUAAAUUCUUUUGAUUUGGGAUUCGUUGGUUCUCAUAAAAGUCAUGGCUCAGAACGACGCUAAGUAGCAUAAGAAGCUCCAGAAUCUUACGCACCCCCCCUUAUCAUCGUCCCAUGCUCCCCCCUUUCAUCUACGUCCCCUUCUACCUACCUCCCCUCCCAUGUCCCCUCCCUCAUCUACCUCCUCCACCCUCUAACACUUCCAAAAUCAGAGGCGCGACAUCACCAGCAUGCGGAAGAGUGCUGCAAAAUUGAAGACCUUGCUGUUCGAUCUUGUCUGCAGUGAACAAGUGAAAGCACUGGAAUCCGAAGUCAAUGCGGGCUGUGCAAACAUGGCCGAGUGUCAAGCGCUUAAGGACCGUAUCUCUACGACAUUGGGCGCAAAUUGGUCGCUAAAUCCGGCCGUCAGGAUCAACCUCACAAAGAAGGUCCAGCUGAAGCCAAACCUCCACCACGCGAGCGCGAACGCGAAUGCCGCUGAAGCGCCGAAGAUGAAGAAGCGCCGUCGCUACUGAGUCAAUUUGAUUUCUAGUUUGAGAAGAUGGGUGGAGGAGUAGGAGACUCAACAUCUUAGCUGUGUUGGGCAGUAAAUUAGGACGAGGGGAGAAACGUCUAGCAUCAUCGAGUUAUCUUAUGCACUACUUGAAGACCUAAGGGGAAGAUGAGUGCUCUGGUUGGUGUGUGGGAUUCUUUGACUGCAUCUAAAUCGACAAUCUCGAAUUCAAGAGAACUACUGCAACGAUAUUAUUUGCAUUUUAUAUAUAGGAGACGGAUACUUACUGCGACGUGUGAAAGACUUAUCACUCUUCUUUACCACAACUCGAAUCGACGACCCUCCGCGAUGCGCAGGCCAAAGUCGAUAAACAAAACUUAAAAGAAGCACCAAGUCACAUUCUAGCCUGUCCUUUGUUGUAAUUCUUCUGAACUGAACUACUUGCACCACUAAGAAUGAUGCGCUAUGUUUCGACUUACAAGAAGCACUUCGUAAUGCUACAGCUCUGACACAUCUACGAUAGCAAGCCGCAACACGACUCGCUGUCGCCUCUGCAUCAUGCUAAGGCAGAGCGUUUCGCAAACCAACGACCAUCCCCGGCGUCAUACUUAGGAUGAUAUAGAAGAUUUUCAAAAAGGACAUACUUCCAAACUGCUCGCGCAAGAAUCUAUCUUUGAUAAUUGAAAAAAGAUAUAUUUAUAUUUUUUGAAAAAGUCAUUUUGAAUUAUGUUAAGAAUUAAAAAAGUUUGAGAAAGAAGGUGGAAGAGGUACACAGCAUACAUAAACGUGAAGGAGAUUGCUCCUACCAGUCAUGAACUUCUAUUGCCUGAUUUAUAGUCGUCUGGUUAUAGACUUGAGUUCCGACGAAGAGCGCCCGCGGCUUCCUCUUGGUGGCGUCCUUCAUUCGUCUUCAGGCGUCUGAAUGACUUCCACAAAACAAUCAAUCACACUCUUCAACCAAUCGGAGACUUGAACUCACGCACGAUAUCUGAAUACCAAGCGCAACGAACUCCACAGACCUUCGUGGGAGGACGUUGCACCCAGCUCCGUCAAAGUGAUUCAAUUAACCUAAACCGGAUCGACAGACUACUUUGGACCGAAUGACAUAAAUCAAGACAGUAGCGCUUCACGGGAUGAGUAAUAUCAUAGGAACCACCGGGAUCGUAUUCAUUCUACUAUGAGUUAUAAAGCAUUUUAAUCAUGUGAAAGACUCAGUAUGGGCGUAACAGAUGGCCGAGCAUCAGCCAUAAUGCCUUAUCAUCUUCCAUUCGAUCACUUACCUUAGGCUCAACGCCUCGCCAUGUCCUGACACCUGUCAGAGCAGGCCGAAGCGCACCUGGGUCGAGUCGAUCUCUCUAUAUAAAAGCAGUCAACUGUCGACAAAGAAAGCCACACACAUGGAACAGCACUGAAACGGGGCACCGAGUUAGAUAUAUUUCUAGUCCAUUAGUAUUCGACAUAUAUCAAUUGUAGUAAUUAUAUAAUUUCAUCGACAGGGGGCGACGUCGUAUCAUCAGCGCAAGCUAGAUCAUCACGACAAGGAGCGUCGAAGCACAAGUAGAUGCAUCCUCUAAAGCUCCACGACCAAUUGCCACCGGGGGAGAGGUGGCCAAUGCCAUCGAUCGUUAGAGAAUAACGGCACUAGUUUUCUCUCUUGCGUGAAAUCAAAUCAAGCAAAGACCCACGGCUUGCCACCGUUGAAGCAAUUCUUUUUCAGUAUUGAUUUCUAUUCGUGUACUUUAUUUCAAAGCAAUUCUUCUCUUGAGAAUGGAAAUCUUCUCGGCCCUUUCACCAGCCGGACUGAACCUGAAGCCAACUGCUUCAAUUACGGGGCACCUGGCGCAUAAGACAGCAUCUAUGAAGAAGAACUGAAGCCAUGGCUGUAUUAUAGCCGGCUUUUCGGAAUGUAAAAACUUCAAUCGUUUAAGUCUCCAAGGAACAAGGAGCUUCAGCUCCCAAUUUCACAGUGUCGCUCACAUGUGUCACGAAGUAGAGCGGCAAGCCGCUUCGCGCGAUGGGACAGGAUAUGUCAGGGAAGGAGCACCUGACAGGAUGCGUCAGUCUCAGGUCGGUGUCAUCAGCUGGGGG